AUGAGGAGGAACAGGAGCGCGUGGCGAGGGGGGAACGCCCGGAGGGUACGCACGUGGGCCCGGCUCAUCCACACCGAGAAAGGGAACGCCGGGAAGAGGAUAGCUCGGGACCAGCGAAGAGGAACAAGCGUUUGGAAAGGGAACGUUUGGAGAGGGAACGUUUGGAGAGGGAUCGUUUUGGAGAGGGAACGUUUGGAACAAGAACACUUGAAUAAAGAAGAGGAACGUUUGAACCAAGAACGCAUGGAACAGGAAUGUUUGGAGAGGGAACGCUUAGAAGAGGAAGAAGAACGUUUGGAAUGGGAACGCUUAGAAGAAGAACGUUUGGAGCAGGAACGCUUCGAGGAAGAGAGACGUUUGGAGAGGGAACGCUUUGAAGAACAACGUUUGAUCAAAGAACGUUUGGAGAGGGAACGCUUGAAAGAAGACGUUUGGAGAGGAACGCUUAGAGGAAGAGGACAUUUGGAGAGGGAACGUGUGGAAUUGGAACGUUUGGAGAGGGAACGCUUCGAGGAAAAGGAACGUGUGGAGAGGGAGCGUUUGGAAUGGGAACGUGUGGAGAGGGAACGCUUAGAGGAAGAGGAACGUUUGGAGAAGGAACGCUUCGAGGAAGAGGAACGUGUGGAGAGGGAACGUGUGGAGAGGGAGUGUGUGGAGAGGGCGUGUGGAGAGGGAACGUGUGGAGAGGGAACGUUUGGAGAAGGAACGCUUUGAGGAAGAGGAACGUGUGGAGAAGGAGCGUGUGGAGAGGGAACGUGUGGAGAGGGAGCGUGUGGAGAGGGAACGUGUGGAGAGGGAGCGUGUGGAGAGGGAACGU